AUGACAGCAACGGCCAAGGCGAAAACAAUACCCAAGUUGAGGUCCAACUACAGUUGGCAAUUGCGCGGGCAGCUGCAUCUGUUGACGGGAUUCAUUGCCGGAUUUGUGUGUGCCUUUAUGCUGCUUCUCUGCAUCUACGAUGUGCGCAAUGGAAUCAACUGUUGGCCCACAAGCAGCAGUAGCAUUAGCUCGGCAGCAACACUGCGAUUAACCCCGCAAGUGGAAGCGGAGCUGGAUUUGAAAUUGGCGCCAACUCGAGUACUUUGUAUGGUGUUGACCUGUCCAGAGUAUGUGGAGCUCUAUGCUCAGCAUGUGGCUGCCACCUGGGGCAGACGCUGUGGCAAGCUGGUGUUUGUCAGCAGCGAGAACUAUGAACCGUUGGGCGUGGUCCAAGUUGUGGAAGUCGAGGGAGGAACCUAUCACGAUCUAUGGAAUAAAACGCGCGAGGGAUUCCGACAUGUGUGGCUGGAGUAUGGAGAGGAAUACGAUUGGUUUCUCAAAGCCGACGAUGACACCUAUGUCAUCAUGGAGAACCUACAUCACAUGCUCAGCGCCUACGAUGCAAAUAUGCCGCUCUACUUUGGCUAUCAAAUGAGACGCUACAAUGUGAGCUACAUGUCUGGUGGGGCUUCUUACGUACUCAGUCGCGAGGCAUUGCACCGAUUUGUGACGCAGGCUUACACUUCCGAUAAGGUCUGUCCAGGAGCUAAGAAGAUGGGAAUUGAGGAUUUUUAUAUGGGAAUUUGCUUGCAAAAUGUGGGCGUACAUUUGAUCGACUCUACACGGGCCCUGCCCGAUGAUGACAAGCCAAGGUUCUUUCCCCUAGAUGUUGAGAAUUAUUUGUACAAUAGUAAUACCAGUAUACCAGAUUGGCUGCUAGAGAUGAGUGUCUCAGAAGUAUAUACAGGCAACGAUUGCUGCUCAAACUAUUCUAUCGCCUUUCAUUAUACCAAACCGGAACGCAUGUAUCUAUAUGAAUUUUUGGUAUAUCACUUGCGUGUUUAUGGGCAAAAGUAUGUGGAACAGUUGCCCAGGCGAUGGACAUUUUCUGAAAUUUUGGAAAUGUUUCCUCUAGAAAACAAUUCGGAUAUCAAAGACUUGACGCAAAUGCCAGAAAAACCGGAUAAUUUUUAAAACAAUUUUAGAUUUAAUUUUUGUAUUCGAAGGCCAUUGCAGCUUGUACGCCGUAACCUAUAUUAGGCAUAAUAUUUUAUAUUGUAUCUAAUUAUAAUAA